AUGCUGUCCAAGACCAUCCUUCUUCCACUGGCGGCGCUCCUGAGUGUGGUCUCAUCCUCACCAGACUACCAAUGCAGACCUGCUCGGCUUGGAAAGUAUGCUCCAAUUGCCAACAACAUUCCCUCUUACCAGUGGUGCUCUGCAUAUUUGGACGGCAACCCUGCUCGCGGUCACUCGUCCGACCCUCACUUGCUGUGCGAUCUUCAACGGGAUAACAAGGCCGUCAAGCAACACGUCUGCACGUGCAUUGUUAAGGGACACAAGCAGAUAACAACGAAAUGCACCACACCAGUCAAGGCUACGACGACCAAGUGUAUCACGUCUUCUACUACUCGCACCACCACUCGAAGCACGACCCAGGGCACGACCCGCAGCGCCACUCCAUCUACGUCUCGAACCACCAUGCCAAGCACAACUGCCUCUACCUCCACGACGACCGCCUCUGCCUCCACGACGACUGCAUCUGCCUCCACGACGACUGCAUCUAACUUCACGACCAUCUCCACGACUGCCUCCACCACGGCGACGACGACUCCAACGCCAACAACAACUACAACCACAACUAGUACAACAAGCAGCAGCAGUGCGCCUCCACCCCGUCAGACAUACUGUACCGGGAACCAAGCCAUGUACUGCGGCAAUAGUGGUAACGUCGAAGGAGGCUGCUUUUGCGCCAUCACCGCCUACGGUGAUCCAAGCGCCGUCUGCUUUGCGGCCUCCUCAUGCACCAGCUGCAACUCCGACGCCGAUUGUGGCGUCGGGCGUCGCUGCUUAGCCGACGCGUCGGGCAACUGUGGAGAUCCGAGCGGAACCUUUUGCGCGAGCACUACGGAUGGUUGUGAUGACAGUCCGCCGGCGGCGAAGGCGAAGAGGGAGUUGGAAGAUGUUUUCGCGGAGGCGGCAUGA